CAUCCGAUCCAUGCCAUGUCGGACCCCGACGGCGCCGCCGACCCCCCGACCCCGACCCCUCCUUCCCCCUCCCCGGUCCCGCCGCCCGCGCCGGUCGAGUGGCCCGAGGACGGCGCGCUGACGCGGGACUGGGUGGCGGCCUUCACCGCCACGCUGGACUGGUGCUCGCGCCGCCUCCCGCCCGACCAGCUCCCCUCCAUCCUCUCCGCGGACUUCGUGCGCCGCCUCCUCCUCGCCGCCGCCGCCGUCCUCCACCGCGAGCCCAACAUCGUGCGCGUCGACCCGCGCCCCGACCAGGCCGUCGUCGUCGUCGGGGACGUCCACGGCCAGCUCCACGACGUCAUGUUCCUGCUCCGGGACGCAGGGUUCCCAUCCGAGGACCGCAUCUUCGUCUUCAACGGGGACUACGUGGACCGCGGCGCCUGGGGACUCGAGACCUUGCUCCUCCUCCUCGCCUGGAAGAUAUUUCUACCAAAUUGUGUGUUCCUUCUCCGAGGAAAUCAUGAAUCCAAGUACUGCACAUCAGUAUAUGGUUUCGAACGGGAAGUAAUGGUCAAAUAUAAAAGUCAAGGCGGUCAAGUCUAUAGGAAAUUCUUAAGAUGCUUUGAAGAUCUUCCUCUAGCAUCAAUAAUAGCAGGAUGCGUCUACACUGCCCACGGAGGGAUUUUUCGUGGGGCGGUUGUAUUACCAUCGAAAAGGGCGAAAAGGGCCAAGAAAGGUCACAAAUACGUAGCGACUUCCGCCGAAGACUCUACUACUUUGAAGCUUGGAUCCCUGGACGAAUUGUUAAAAGCAAGGAGAACUGUUCUUGACCCCCCGUGGGAGGGUUCGAAUCUAAUUCCUGGAGAUGUGCUUUGGUCUGAUCCUUCCUUGGAGAAGGGUCUUUCUCUGAAUAAGGAAAGAGGCAUUGGCUUGCUUUGGGGUCCAGACAUCACUCAACAAUUUCUAUAUACAAAUAAUCUAAAGUUAAUCAUCAGAUCACAUGAAGGUCCAGAUGCAAGAGAUAAGCGACAUGAUCUAUUAGGAAUGGACAGUGGGUAUACAACUGACCAUCAAGUCGCAUGUGGAAAGCUAAUAACACUCUUCAGUGCUCCAGACUAUCCACAAUUUCAGGCUUCGGAGGACCGGUACAACAAUUCUGGAGCAUAUCUUGUCCUCAGCCCCCCUGAUUUUGCUACCCCUGAUUUCCAUAGUUUUCAAGCUGUAAAGCCUCGGCCUGCGGCGAAUCCCUACUAUGAUUUUGAGGAAGUAAUUGAUUCUGACGAAGAGCUAAAUCUGGGCGCGAUGGACACUGGCAAUUUGAGCAAUUGAUCAUAUCUUGUACUGUUGUAUCAUUGUAAGCUUGUGAACCAUCACCGUGAACUAGGGAAGUGACAACUAAUUUUUCUGUAGUUGAUUGGUACUAACAUGCAGGCUUUUGAAGUAAAUAUUCUGUCAUAUCCGCCAAGUUUAUUUAUCUGAUGGUUUGUUUUCA